UAAAGCUAUAAAUAAGGCUGGUAACGCUCAAAGUACGUAAAUUCACGCAAUGGCGGAUAUACAAUUCCUCCUUCUUGUGUCUGCGACCAUAUUUAUUGUUGAUGGUAAAAUUAUAAACCAUGUUCGUCACGAGGUACGGAAAUUUCCUGACGAUUUUCUUUUCGGCACCGCCACCGCUUCUUACCAAGUAGAAGGAGCGUGGAAUGAAGACGGGAAAUCCGAAAGCAUUUGGGAUCACAUUACCCACGAGAAUCCAUGCGUUACAAAGGAUUGUUUAAAUGGUGACAUCGCUGAUGAUUCUUAUCACCAAUAUAAGAGAGAUGUGGAGAUGAUGCGGGAGUUGGGCUUGGACUAUUACAGAUUCUCACUGUCCUGGCCAAGAAUUUUACCAACCAGCUUUCCAGAUAAAAUAAACGGAGCAGGAGUUCAAUAUUACAACAAUUUGAUUGAUGAAAUGCUCAAGUACAAUAUCAAACCAAUGGUUACACUGUAUCAUUGGGACUUACCACAGAAAUUGCAGGAGAUGGGUGGAUGGACCAACCCUAAUAUUAUUGAUUGGUAUUCAGACUACGCACGUGUUGUUUUCGAGUUAUUUGGUGAUAGAGUUAAAGAUUGGAUAACAAUCAACGAACCUCACCCUGUUUGUAAUUUUGGUUAUGGAGAUAAAACAAUGGCUCCGCUACUAAACAUUAAGGGUGUUGCAGAUUAUAUGUGUUCGAAAAACUUAUUGCUAGCUCAUGCUAAAGCAUAUCACAUUUACGACAAAGAGUUUCGACCUACACAGGGCGGUAAAAUUUUUAUAGCGCUAAGCGCGCAAUGGUACGAUGCUGAGCAUGAGGAAUUUUCAGUUGCUGCUCAGGAAGCUAACGAUUUCUUGUGGGCGAUUUACUCUCAUCCUAUAUUUUCGAAGACCGGCGAUUUUCCAAAAUCAGUAAAAGAAACAGUAGCCGCUAAAAGUGCUCAACAAGGCUUUCCCAGAUCAAGGCUACCGGAAUUCACUCAGGAAGAGAUUGACUACAUACGCGGUACCUCUGAUUACUUUGGACUUAAUCACUACUUCACAAAAUAUGUUUAUCGCAAUGAGUCAGUUGUCAAUUAUUACGAAUCACCAUCUUUUGAAGAUGAUUACGGCGUUAUAAUGUACACGUAUGACGAUUGGAAGAUUGGAGAAUCAGAUUUCACAAAAUUUGUACCGUGGGGAUUCUACAAGCUUUUAACUAAAAUAAGACAGGACUAUGAUAAUCCUCCUGUGAUAAUUACUGAAAAUGGUUUUGCAACACUCGGAGGCUUGAACGAUGACGAUCGUAUUACCUACUACAAGCAUUACAUGAACGCAAUGUUGGAUGCCAUGGAGGAUGGCUCUGAUGUUCAAGGAUACACGGCCUGGAGUCUAAUGGACAACUUCGAAUGGCUUCAAGGCUAUACGCAACGCUUCGGUCUGUACGAGGUGGACUACGAGAGUCCGGAGCGCACGCGCACGCCACGCAAGUCUGCCUUUGUGUACAAGCAGAUCCUGCGCACGCGCGAGCUCGAUAUGCACUAUGAGCCCGACACCAACGUCAUGACCAUCGAUGAGGGACGUAAGCUACCUUCAGUGGAGGUAAAGUUUGCAAUGGCGGGGAUACAACUACUUUUUAUCGUCACUGCGUCCAUAGUAAUAGUCCAAAGUAAAAUAAUUGAUCAAGUUCGUCAUGAAGUAAGAAAAUUUCCUGACAAUUUUCUUUUCGGCACAGCCACCGCUUCCUAUCAGGUAGAAGGAGCGUGGGAUAAAGAUGGAAAAACAGAAAGCAUUUGGGACCAUGUAACACACGAAAAUCCAUGCGUUACCACAGACUGUUUAAAUGGUGACAUUGCAGACGAUUCUUAUCACCAAUAUAAGAGGGACGUAGAGAUGAUGAGAGAGUUGGGAUUGGACCAUUACAGAUUUUCUUUGUCGUGGCCAAGAAUUUUACCAACCAGUUUUCCUGAUAAAAUAAAUGAAGCAGGUGUUCAAUAUUACAAUAAUUUAAUUGAUGAAAUGCUCAAAUACAACAUUAAGCCAAUGGUUACCCUGUAUCAUUGGGAUUUGCCACAAAAAUUACAGGAAAUGGGUGGAUGGACCAACCCUAAUAUUGUUGACUGGUAUUCAGACUACACACGUGUUGCGUUCGAGUUAUUUGGCGAUAGAGUUAAACAUUGGAUUACAAUCAAUGAAGCUCACGCCGUUUGCUAUGCUGGCUAUGGAGACAACGCGCUGGCGCCUCUUCUUAAUAUCAAAGGUGUCGCAGAUUACAUGUGUACAAAAAACUUGUUGCUUGCUCAUGCUAAGGCAUAUCAUAUUUACGAUGAAGAGUUUCGUCCAACUCAGGGAGGCUCGAUUUUUAUGACUAUUAUCGCGCAGUAUUACGAUACGGAACAUGAAGAAUUUUUACAAGUUGCUGAAGAGGCUAAUGAUUUUUCGUGGGGCCUUUAUUCUCAUCCUAUAUUUUCGGAGACCGGCGAUUUUCCCAAAUCCCUCAAAGAAAGAGUUGCCGCUAAAAGCGCUGAACAAGGAUUUCCCAGAUCGAGGCUACCGGAAUUUACUCAGGAGGAAAUUGAUUACAUUCGCGGCACAUCUGAUUACUUUGGACUCAAUCAUUAUUAUACAAAUUUUGUAUAUCGCAAUGAGUCUACAAUGACUUAUUACGAAUCACCAUCAUUUGACGAUGACUUAGGCGCUGUAAUGUACACCUACGACGAUUGGGUUAUUGGUGAAUCGGACUUCACGAAAUUUGUUCCGUGGGGAUUCUACAAGUUGUUAACGAAAAUAAGAGAGGAUUACGGCAAUCCUCCUAUUAUUAUUACUGAGAAUGGUUUUGCUUCACACGGAGGUUUGAAUGAUGAUGAUCGCAUUAAAUACUACAGACAUCACUUAAACGCUGUACUGGACGCCAUUGAGGACGGAUCAGAUAUCCAAGGUUAUACAGCAUGGAGUCUAAUGGACAACUUCGAAUGGCUAAGAGGAUACACUGAGCGCUUUGGUCUGUACGAGGUGGACUACGAAAGUCCGGAGCGCACGCGCACGCCUCGCAAGUCCGCCUUCGUGUACAAACAGAUUCUGCGCACGCGUGAGCUCGACAUGCACUACGAGCCCGAUACUGACGUCAUGACCAUCGAUGAAGGACACUAACUUUUUCGUAACAUAGUGUAUAAUAUUAUACGUAAUUAAGUAAA